GUUGUGAACACUGAUAACCAGUGCACACAGAGAAGCAGAAGACAGAAAGAACAAGCCUUCAAGAGGGUGACUUAGAAGCCAUUCAACAGGGUUAAAAUCCUUAGACCAUAGAGGAUUUGGUGGACAAGUCAGAGACACAUUCCCCAGAACUGAAGCCAUUCUUCAAGAAGCCUACAAGAAAGGAGCUAUGGAGAACGGAAGAGCAUGCACUCAGCAGAUAAGGCAAGUCCUGCUUCUCUUUGUUUUGCUGGGAAUGUCUCAGGCGGGCUCUGAACCUGGGAGCUUUUCCGUGGCAGAGGAAAUGCAGAGCGGGAGUUUUGUAGGCAAUCUGGCAAAGGACCUGGGGCUGAAGGUGAGAGAACUGUCCUCACGGGGGGCUCAGGUGGUCUCUAAUGAUAAGAAACAGCGUUUGCAGCUGGACAUAAACACUGGGGAUUUGCUCUUAAGUGAAACACUAGACAGGGAGGAGCUCUGCGGUUCCAUUCAGCCUUGUGUGCUACAUUUCCAGGUGUUAAUGAAAAACCCCACGCAGUUUUUACAAAUUGAGCUUCAGGUCAGGGAUAUAAAUGAUCACUCUCCCAUCUUCUUGGAAAAACAAAUGCUCCUAGAAAUCCCAGAGAACAGUCCUGUUGGUGCUGUGUUCUUACUAGAAAGUGCGAAGGAUUUAGAUGUAGGAAUCAAUGCUGUAAAAAGCUACACAAUAAGCCCCAACUCUCAUUUUCACAUUAAAAUGAGAGUCAAUCCAGACAAUAGGAAAUACCCCGAGUUAGUUCUGGACAGGGCACUGGAUUAUGAAGAGCGCCCGGAGCUCAGUUUCAUCCUCACUGCUCUGGAUGGCGGGUCCCCUCCCAGGUCCGGAACUGCCUUGGUCAAAGUGCUGGUUGUGGACAUUAAUGACAACUCCCCUGAAUUUGAGCAGGCUUUUUAUGAAGUGAAGAUUCCAGAGAAUAGCAUCCUUGGCUCGCUGGUUUUGACUGUCUCAGCUUGGGAUUUAGACUCUGGAACAAAUGGUGAAAUAUGCUACACUUUAUCCCAUGCUUCAGAAGAUAUUCGCAAGACAUUUGAAAUUAAUCAAAAGUCUGGAGACAUUACUUUAACAGCACCUUUGGAUUUUGAAACGAUUGAAUCAUACUCAAUAAUCAUUCAAGCCACAGAUGGGGGAGGACUUUUUGGAAAAUCUACAGUCAGAAUUCAGGUGAUGGAUGUAAAUGACAAUGCUCCUGAAAUCACUGUGUCAUCAAUUACCAGUCCAAUCCCAGAAAAUGCACCAGAGACCGUGGUUAUGGUUUUUAGUAUCCAAGAUAUAGACUCUGGGGACAACGGAAGAAUUGUUUGUUCCAUCCCGGAAGACCUCCCAUUCGUGCUAAAAUCUUCAGUUGAAAAUUAUUACACGUUGGAAACAGAGAGACCACUGGACAGAGAGAGCACAGCCGAGUACAAUAUCACCAUCACCGUCACUGACUUGGGGAUACCCAGGCUGAAAACGGAGUACAACAUAACUGUGUUGGUCUCCGACAUCAAUGACAACGCCCCCACCUUCACCCAAACCUCCUACACCCUGUUCGUCCGCGAGAACAACAGCCCCGCCCUGCACAUCGGCAGCGUCAGCGCCACAGAUAGAGACUCGGGCACCAAUGCCCAGGUCAUCUACUCGCUGCUGCUGCCCCAGGACCCGCACCUGCCCCACGCCUCCCUGGUCUCCAUCAACACAGACAAUGGCCACCUGUUUGCCCUCAGGUCGCUGGACUACGAGGCCCUGCAGGCGUUCGAGUUCCGCGUGGGCGCCACAGACCGCGGCUCCCCGGCGCUGAGCAGCGAGGCGCUGGUGCGCGUGCUGGUGCUGGACGCCAACGACAACUCGCCCUUCGUGCUGUACCCGCUGCAGAAUGGCUCCGCGCCCUGCACCGAGCUGGUGCCCCGUGCUGCCGAGCCGGGCUACCUGGUGACCAAGGUGGUGGCAGUGGACGGCGACUCGGGCCAGAAUGCCUGGCUGUCGUACCAGCUGCUCAAGGCCACGGAGCCCGGGCUGUUCGGUGUGUGGGCGCACAAUGGCGAGGUUCACACCGCCAGGCUGCUGAGCGAGCGCGACGCGGCCAAGCACAGGCUGGUGGUGCUGGUCAAGGACAAUGGCGAGCCUCCGCGCUCAGCCACCACCACGUUGCAAGUGCUACUGGUGGACGGCUUCUCCCAGCCCUACCUGCCUCUCCCAGAGGCGGCCCCGGCCCAGGCCCAGGCCGACUCGCUCACCGUCUACCUGGUGGUGGCGUUGGCCUCAGUGUCGUCGCUGUUCCUCUUGUCGGUGCUCCUGUUCGUGGCGGUGCGACUGUGCAGGAGGAGCAGGGCGGCCUCUGUGGGUCGCUGCUCGGUGCCUGAGGGCCCCUUUCCAGGGCAUCUGGUGGACGUGAGCGGCACCGGGAUCCUGUCCCAGAGCUACCAGUAUGAGGUGUGUCUGACAGGAGGCUCCGGGACAAAUGAAUUCAAGUUCCUAAAACCGGUUAUCCCUAAUAUCCAGGCAAAAGGUCCUGGGAAGAAUAGUGAAGAAAACCCCACCUUUCGAAAUAGCUUUGAAUUUAAUUUUUAGUAAGAAUACUAUUUACAUUUUCAUGUACUUUUUUAGUUUUAUAGAACCAUAUCAAUAUUAUUUAAUUUA